CACACGACAUUUCCUCUCUUAAAAAACAGAGCCAAACAGAGCCUUAACAACAACGAAAAACAGAGAGAGUGCUUCCUCUGUUUCAUGGCCACCCGUACAAUCCCACCAAAGGUUCUCAGAACCAUCACCCGCCCCCACACCUCCGUCACCACCGCUGCCGUCCAACCUCCCUACCUCACCUCCCACAAACAGAAACCACCACCACCACCACCACAAAAACCUGCAGUUAUUACUAAUUUAAUUUCACAAACAGAAUCCUCUGUUUUGAACCUCGACGACCAUGAGAAGGUAUUUUCGUCGGUAUCGACAGUGAAUCUCUUGCGGUCGUCGGCGAUUCUGAAAAUGGCGGCUACGGAGCCAGUUGUGGAUUUGGGUUUGUGGGUAAUGAGGUCUCGGUUGAUGGAAAUAAAGGGUGUGCGUGAUGUGUUGUUGAGCACAAUCAAACACUCGUUUUUCAAACAUUUUUGUGCCGGUGAGGAUGCUCAAGAGGCUAAAGAGUGUCUUUUGAAGGUUAACCAGACUGGGUUGAGAGGGAUGUUUGUUUACGGUGUUGAACAUACCUGUGACGUUGAUGCUUGUGAUCGGAAUCUGAAUGGGUUCACCGGCGCCGUCGACAUCGCCAGUUCGCUACCAAAAUCCUCUGCCAGCUCUGUUGUUGUGAAGAUUACUGCAAUUGUCCCUCUCGACCUAUUGGAGAGAGUUAGUGAUUUGUUAAGAUGGCAACAAAGAGACCCCUCGUUAAAUCUUCCAUGGAAGCUGGAUACCUUCCCGGUUUUCUCCGAAUCGAGCCCUUUAUACCAUACAAUGAAAAAACCAGAACCAUUAACACCAGAAGAAGAGCAGAACCUCAAACAAGGCCAUGAAAGACUACUGAAACUAUGUCAAAGAUGUGUUGAAGCCAACGUACCAUUAGUAGUCGAUGCAGAGGAUACAAGACUUCAACCGGCAAUCGAUUACCUGACAUACUCCUCCGCGAUCGUUCACAAGAACACGGGUAAUCCAGUUCUGUAUGGUACAAUUCAAGCAUACUUGAAGGAUGCCAAGGACAGGUUGUUACUAGUAAGCAAAGCUGCAGAAACAAUGGGAGUUCCAGUUGGGUUUAAGUUGGUUAGAGGUGCUUACAUGUCUAGUGAAACAAAGCUGGCAAAUUCACUAGGAUUUGAGUCUCCGAUCCACGAUAGUAUCCAGGCGACGCACGAUUGCUACAACGACUGUGCUUCGUUCGUGCUCGAUAAGAUUGCUAAUAAUGCAUCAACUGGGGUUAUUCUUGCAACUCAUAAUGUUGAGUCAGGAAAACUUGCUGCGACGAAAGCUAGAGAUUUGGGGAUCAAGAGCGGGAACGAGAGGCUCGAGUUUGCGCAAUUGUAUGGAAUGUCAGAUGCACUUUCUUAUGGUUUGAGCAAUGCAGGGUUUCAUGUUAGCAAGUACAUGCCUUAUGGUCCUGUGGAGGUGGUUAUACCAUACCUUCUUAGAAGAGCUGAAGAAAACAGAGGAAUGUUGUCUAGUUCCAGCUUUCACAGAAACCUCAUGAGGAAGGAGGUGGUGAGGAGAAUCAAAGCAGCUGCUUUGCCCAAGUUUGAGAUGCAAGGCUAUCCUCAACAGAGUGUGUAAAUUACUAAAUAUUGUCCCCUAAAUGAGCAUCUAGAAAAAAAAGAAUAAAACAAUCCCUUAUGUUGAGAGCAACAUACUGCAUUUUAUGGCAAUAAAAUAAUAAGAUCUUCAUGUGUUCUUGAAGAUAUUGUACACUACUCCCUUGUACUACUGGCAUGGUUGUCCAUAUGCAAUUUAUGGAGAGUAGGGUCUCUCUUUUAGUA